GCUGGGAGCUCCGGCGGAGCCGAGGCGCAACGGAGAGCCCCGGCGCGGGCAGAGAGCCGGGAGCGGAUCGGCCGAGUGGGGCACUGUGGAGAGGAGGGCCGGACCGGGCCGCCCCGGAGGACCGAUGCGCCGGGUGGGGCGCUGGCCCCGGAGGGCGUGAGCCGCCCGCAGAUUGAGCAACUUGGAAACCGGCGGGCGGAGCGCGGGCGCGCUGGGCGCCCAGGACAGUUCCGCGGCGAGCGGGUGAGCCGGCCGCGCCCUCGCCCCUCCCGGGCCUGCCCCCGCCGCGGCUGGCAGCGCGGAGGUUGGUUUUUGGAGGUGUCCCUGCUGAAGGACAAAGAGUUCUCCCAUGUGACACCCCAAGGUGCCUUUGAGGAAAGCUCUCUGGACCUCCUUAUGGGCUGAUGGAGAAGUGGGCUCCCCACACCCUCUCUGUCCCCAGCUGAGAUUAUGGUGGAUUUGGGAUACAGCCCAGGCCUGGGCCUCCUGCUGCUGACCCAGCCCCGGAGGCGUUAGCAAGAGCCCUGUGCCAUCCACCCCCCAGAGACCACCCCUCCCACCAGGGGCCUGAGCUGGCGAGUGACUAUGCGGCUUGGGCUGUGUGUGGUGGCCCUGGUUCUGAGCUGGAUGCAUCUCGCUGCCGGCAGCCGGGGGAUCAAGGGGAAGAGGCAGAGGCGGAUCAGCGCCGAGGGGAGCCAGGCCUGUGCCAAAGGCUGUGAGCUCUGUUCGGAGGUCAACGGCUGCCUUAAGUGCUCACCCAAGCUGUUCAUCUUGCUGGAGAGGAGCGACAUCCGCCAGUUGGGCGUCUGCUUGCCGUCCUGCCCACCUGGAUACUUUGAUGCCCGCAACCCUGACAUGAACAAGUGCAUCAAAUGCAAGAUCGAACACUGUGAGGCCUGCUUCAGCCACAACUUCUGCACCAAGUGUAAGGAGAGCUUGUACCUGCACAAGGGCCGCUGCUAUCCCGCCUGUCCCGAGGGCUCUGCGGCUGCCAACGGCACCAUGGAGUGCAGCAGCCCCGCGCAAUGUGAAAUGAGUGAGUGGUCUCUGUGGGGGCCGUGCUCCAAGAAGAAGCAGCUCUGUGGCUUCCGGAGGGGCUCGGAGGAGCGGACACGGAGAGUGCUGCACGCCCCUGGGGGGGACCACACCGUCUGCUCCGACACCAAGGAGACCCGGAGGUGCACGGGGCGGAGGACACCCUGCCCGGAGGGGCAGAAGAGGAGGAAGGGCGGCCAGGGCCGGCGGGAGCAUGCCAACAGGAACCCCGGCCGGAAGGAGAACAAGGAGGCGGGCGCCAGUGCUCGGAGACGCAAGGGCCAGCAGCGGCAGCAGCAAGGGACAGUGGGGCCGGUCACCUCUGCGGGGUCUACCUAGGGACACUGUUCGGCGUCCGGGCCCGUGCAGAAAGAGUCCAGCACUGCUCUGUGUGAUGAGAGCUUUACCGAACUCGAGCACUGGGGGCAACGCAUACACACACUCUCCCUACCUACACGUACACACAGAUACGUGCACACAGACCCCACGUCCAAACGUGUAACUGACAUACAUGCAAACGUGUGCACGCGCACACGCGGACACACACACACACACACAAUCGAGGUUACCGGAAGACACUUCUGUCCCUCGGACAUCACUGGGUCAGCAGGGCAGGGAGGCAGAGGGGUCGUCUCUGCCCUGCAGAGGGCCUAGUGGCGCACACUUGGUUUGUGAUGCUCCCAGUGGGCACAUGAGAGAGAACAUUUUCCAGCAUCCGAGCCCAGACUCUGCAGAGUGGAGCCUUCUGGAGGAGCUGAUAGGACCAGCCUGGUGUGGCAGACCGCAGCCAAAGCUUGAGAGGUGUUCAGCAUCUCCAGCUGUGUGACUUUAUCUUUGGAGAGUAUUGUUACACCUCCAUGAUCCAUAUCAGGGCUUUCCUGACUCUGAAAACUGCUUAAAGGUUUAUUUCAAAUUAAAAACGAAAACCAAAUGAC